AAUUACCAGCCUCUCAUUUCCGUGUUUCAGUCCCUGCUGUUCGCAGUAACCUACCCGGAAGCAGGUUGAUUCGUAUACCAGGCGGUGGGCGGGGUUUGUUGUCCCGCCUCCUGUGUUUGUGGACUUUGUGAGGGACACAUGGAGAGUAAGGCGUCUCGCUUGGUGCUGGGGCUUGACGUGGGCACGAGUUCUGUGAAAGCCGCGCUGUUAGACGCUGCCUCCGGGAAUGUAGUUCAUAGUCAGAGCCGGGAAACCCGGGCUGCGGUGCAGAGUGAGUGCGGCCCACAGGGGAAAGAACAAGAUGUCGUCCUGAUAAUGAGAACCCUAAAUGAUUGUGUGUCUUCUCUACCCAAGGAAAGGCUUAAAGAAGUUGUGCGCAUUGGAGUAUCUGGACAAAUGCAUGGAGUCAUGUUCUGGAAAACGAACCAAGGUUGUCAUUGGAUAAACAGUGGUAAUCUGCGAGUGUUUGAACCAAGAGAGACCAGUUACCUUAUUACCUGGGAAGAUGGCCGAUGCAGUAUGGACUUUUUGGCUUCAUUACCUCAACCACAAUCCCAUCUCUCUUUGGCAACGGGCUUUGGCUGUGCAACUAUAUUCUGGUAUUUGAAGAACAGGCCAGAUUUUCUUGAUUCAUAUGAUGCUGCUGGCACUAUUCAAGACUAUGUGGUUGCUAUGUUGUGUGGCCUGCAGAGACCUCAGAUGUCGGUUCACAAUGCAGCCAGUUGGGGCUAUUUCAAUGCCAGAUCCAAAACAUGGAAUACUGACAUAUUACAUGGAGCUGGAUUCCCAGUGUUUCUACUCCCUGACGUUGUUAAUGCUGGGUGUGUGGUAGGAAAAGCAUCUUACGAGUGGUGUGGCAUUCACCAAGGGACGGAGGUUGGAGUUGCUCUGGGAGACUUUCAGUGUUCUGUAUAUUCAUCUGCCACAGAAAGUACAGAUGCAGUCCUCAACAUAAGCACCUCUGCUCAGCUGACUUUCUCCAUGGCAGAGGGUUUCCAGCCUGAAGACCGCCCCAGCCCUGGAGAAUCUGUCGCCUAUUUUCCAUACUUCAAUGACCGUUACUUGGCUGUUGCUGCUUCUCUGAAUGGAGGAAAUGUUCUUGCAUCGUUCAUCACAAUGUUAUCAGACUGGAUUGCUGAAUUCGGACUUGAUAUUCCUGCUUCCACCUUAUAUACCCGGGUGAUUACAGCCGGUCUAUCUCAGCAUGAAACCCAUCUUAAUAUUAACCCUACAUUGUUUGGUGAGAGACAUACUCCUGAUAUACUGGCGUCCGUAACAAACAUCAUGGCAGCAGAGCUUUCAUUGGGCCAUGUGACUAGGGCACUCUGCCGGGGCAUCGUUCAGAACCUGCAUUCCAUGUUGCCCUCCAGUCGACUUCAGGAAUCUGGCGUUAAGAGGCUCAUUGGAAGUGGCAGUGCUUUGUCCCGGAAUGAAGUGUUAAAGCAGGAAGUCGAAAAAAUCUUCCCAUUUCCUAUUCUAUAUGGAAAAGAUACAGAUUCAGCUUUAGGUGCUGCUAUGGUAAUGGCAAAGCAAUGGUGAGAAAAACUUUCCUGCAUACAUUUCAGAUCAUUAAAGGACUAGUAACAUCAAAAAUGUUUAGAAAAAAAAAAAAAA